AUGUCGACAAGCAGCUUUGACUAUGUGAUUGUUGGCGGUGGGCUGGCCGGUCUUGUGCUAGCCGCCAGGCUCUCGGAGGAUGCAAACAUCGAAGUCUUCGUGAUUGAGGCUGGUGAAGAUCAGACUGCUGAUCCUCGAGUCACUAUCCCUGGCAUGUGGCCAACCUUGAUUCGUUCAGAGUCUGCUUGGAACUUCAGUACCGUUCCCCAGGAAGGGCUUCAAAACCGGGAGAUUGGUUUCCCACUGGGCAAGCUGCUUGGCGGCUCCAGUGCACUCAAUGGACUUUCUUUCAGCGCCACUUCAAAGACCAAUGUUGAUGCUUGGGAGGGCCUGGGAAAUCCAGGAUGGGGCUGGUCCCGUUUCGUCAAGUCCAUGAAAAAGUCGUACACCUUGGGCGAUGCCGAGUGCCCGACCGGCGGGCCGAUCCAGCUGAGUGCCCCCGAAGACGAUAGCGAAUGGCCCGACGUGUGGAAAAGGACCAUUGAAUCGCUCGGGUUCCCCACCACCGGAGGCACCCUUGAUGGUGAAUUCUCCGGUAGCGCAGUAGCUUUGGACGCCGUGCAGCCUGCCACCAAGCAGAGAAGUUACUCCGCGAAUGCAGCGGAGGCUGAGAAGAUUUUGUUUGAUACCUCAAACAAGACAGUCGCUACUGGCGUGCAGCUGACCAAGGAUGGAGAGACGAAAAUCGUCAAUGCUCGCAAAGAAGUCAUCGUCACUGCAGGGACUAUCAACUCUCCUAAAUUGCUGGAACUCUCAGGUGUCGGUCAUGCGGCCCUACUGAAGUCAGUGGGAAUCGAUGUUGUCAUUGAUAACCCCAAUGUCGGUGAAAAUCUCCAAAACCACCCCAUGUGUACUUUCAACUUUGAAGUACGCGACGAGGAAGGUUUCGAUACGAUCGACAAGCUUGCAAGACAAGAUGGCGGCGCUAUUGCCGCUGCGAUGGACGCGUAUUCGAAGCAGAAAGGUCCCUUCUCCAAAAGCGGUGCGAAUCUGAUCGCACAGUUGCCAACUCCCCGGGUCGAGACUGGGGGAAACACGUCAGAGCUUGUCAAACUCCUGCGAAGCACGAUCUUGGAGAACCAACAGAAGCCAAAGUCGUUUGAGGAAUACCAUGAGGCUUUUGUGCACUCUGUGCUCUCGUCCCCCACGGAGGCGUCUGGUUGCUACCUUGCAAUACCAGGAUAUGCUGGAGCAACAGGUGAUGGCUGGAUGGCUCCGACACCAGCGGGAGAUGAAAAGUAUCUCACCAUUACCCUCCUUCUCGCCCAUCCACUUUCUCGCGGCUCGGUGCACUUGAACGCAUCCCCUUCUGGCGCAAAGAUCCUCGCCAUUGACCCAAAGUAUUUGACGCACCCUCUUGAUGUCGAGGUCAUGGCGCGCCAUUUGCAGGUUGUUGAGAAGAUUGCAUCCACCGAACCACUAGCCAGUCACCUCAAACUGGACGGUAAACGCAGCCCCUCUGCACCGCCAUAUGGGAGCUUUGCAGACCUAGAUGUUGCCAAGGAUUACCUACACAAAACAGCCAUCGGCGCUCAUCACUUCACCGGCACAUGCUCCAUGAUGCCUCAGGAAUUGGGUGGUGUGGUGGAUGCGCAGUUGCGUGUGUAUGGGUGCCAGAACCUUCGUGUGUGCGAUGCGAGUAUCAUUCCGAUCACUCCAAGGACCAAUCCCCAGGCGACGGUAUAUGGCGUGGCGGAACAUGCGGCAGCGAUCAUCAAAUCUGGUCUUUGA